CUUCUGCUGUUUCGGGCCGAGGCAUUUGUGAUGAUUUCAAAAUGGGCCCACUUCAUAGGGAGCUGCGUCGAGUACGUCCACUGGCAUGGCGAGCCUGGCCUCCGCGCGGGCCUCACCGCUCGGCCGCUGCGUUGCCCUCGGGCGGGCGCGAGCUCAGCUCGCAAGCUGGGCCCGGCAGUCGCUUCCGGGUGGUGACCUACAAUGUGCUGAACCCGAGCCUGUGCACUUCGCAUUCGUAUCCACAUUGUGAUCCCGCGCAGAUCGACGAGCGGUUGCGUCUGACGCGCAUCCUGGAGCGCCUGGACCGGGCGAUAGCAGCCAGCCCCUACGCCACAGUGCUAUGUCUGCAGGAGGUGAACGAGGCCUGGGCUUGCCGCCUGCACGCCCACUUCCAGCCCAGAGGCUACCACCUGAUCUACGCGCCGACGCCCUGGUACGCGUACGACCCCAUGGGAGUCUGUCUCGUCUGGAGCAACAGCGCGUUCGACCUCCAGGACGCCGAAGUCCGCCGCGUGGUCGAGCCUGGACAGUCCACCGCGCCAGCCCCGCCGCCGUCUUGGUGGUCUUGGCUCAAGGGUCGCGCGGCUGCAGUCCUCGGCGGCACUGCGCCCGAGGUGGACCCGUGGACGAUCGCGCGCCGCCGGCCGAACCGCUACGCGGCAGCGCGCCUGCGCUUCCGCUGCUCCGGCCAGCAGGUCUGCGUCGCCACGUACCACAUGCCGGCGCUGUUCGGCAGCGCGCUGCUCGAGCAGGUGAUGGCCGUGCACGCCGCGGCAGUGGCAGGCCUGGCGCGCCGGUUCGCGGGGGAGCAACCCCUGGUGCUCGCGGGCGACUUCAACGUGCAGCCGGGCGCCCCAGCGCACAGCCUGCUGGAGGGCUCGGUGGCCCUGGGCCAGAUUGUGCCAGAACCCCUGCCCGCGGGCGGGUCCACUCCCUCGGCGGAGGAGGGCGCUUCCCCUCGGCAGCGCCUGCGGAGCGCUUAUCAGGAGGGCCACGGCGCCGAGCCCGCGUUCACCAUCAGGUCCUGGCGCGCCGACGCCGAGAGCCCGUUCGUCGGCACGCUGGACUACAUCUUUGUGGGUGACGACAUCCGGGUGAUGGGCGCGGUGGAUCUCCCCUGUGCCGCGCAGUUCGCGGACAGCGACGCGUUCCCUUCGGCGGAGGAGCCGUCGGACCACCUGCUGCUCGCGGCAGACCUCGCCGUCGGCUGUGCCGAGUGACGGGGGGACGUCCUCGGCUCGAUGUGGGCACUGCUCGCGCCAGCGCCUGGGAUCGAGAAAGGAA